AUGCUACUGACAUCUCAGCACGACGAAGAUGCGAAGGAAAUGCUGACUAAGAGACGCAAGGCCCAUCUGAAGAGGCUGGACCGGCGCUGGACUCUGGGGGGGAUAGUGAACCGCCAGCACAGCAGAGAGGAAAAGUACGUGACGAUCCAGCCGUACAGCAGCCAAGGCAAGGACGAGGUGAGCUUCGAGAAAGGCGUCACUGUGGAAGUCAUUCAGAAGAACCUGGAGGGCUGGUGGUACAUCAGAUACCUGGGUAAAGAAGGCUGGGCUCCUGCAUCGUACCUAAAGAAACUCAAAGAUGACUUCUCCCCGCGCAAAAAGACCCUGACCGGUCCCGUCGAGAUCAUUGGCAACAUCAUGGAGAUCAGCAACCUGCUCCAAAAGAAGUCCUCGAGCGAGAAGGACAUCCAGAGCGAGGGUGAGGGGAGCGGGCCCUCUCCGGAACGCCACAUCUCCAAGAGCGAGAUCAGCCUUCCCAUGCCGUACAACUCCGAGAUCAACGCAGAGACCGGGAGGAGGCUGAGCGCGGGACGGGAUACUAACAGCCCGUGUUUGGGGAUCGCAGCCAGCGCCGCCCUGCUGGAGAAGAGGGGGGGAGGAGUGGGAGGAGUGGGAGGAGGAGGGGGAGAUUCAGGGAGUCCAGCCGUGGCCAGGGUUGCUCCUCAUCGAGUGGAAAUCGGAUUUGAGGCAAUAGGCUCUCCAAAUUUAAGGCAAAAACCUCCUCCACGAAGAGAUGCAAACCUGGGUUUAUGCAGGUUACCCAAGCCACCAGAGCCCCCUGCUGUGGAAGCGGAGUAUUACACCAUUGCAGAUUUCCAGUCUUCGAUCUCGGAUGGCAUCAGUUUCCGUGGAGGACAAAAGGCUGAUGUGAUCGAGAAGAACCCUGGUGGCUGGUGGUACGUGCAGAUCGGAGAGAAGGAGGGAUGGGCUCCCUGUUCCUACAUCGACAAACGCAAAAAACCCAACGUCAACCGUCGAUCCAGCACUUUAACCAGGCCCAAAAUCCCUCCUCCUGCUCCACCUGUCAAAAAGUCAGAUUCUGAAGAAACCCCUACUACCACAACCACUACUACUACUACAGCUGCUAGUACUAUUACGCCUACAAAACCUAUAGAUACUCCUAAACGGCCUGUGUACGAAGAACCAGAGUAUGAUAUCCCGGCUGUGGGAUGUGAAGGCGAAUCUGACGUUGAUUCGCUCAAAGACGAUCAAUCUUUAGAUGUCAAGCUCAGCAACAUUGUUGGUCAAAAGUACGGCAGCUCUCCACCAUCUUGCAAAUCUUCCCCUCCUGUGUGCAAAGCCUCUCCAGUCUUCAGCCAUCGCAAAACAACAUUUAGAUCUGUGGAAGAAGUCUCCAAGGAAGAGUGUGUCUACGAAAAUAACUUCAGGUCUAGCGGUCGGGCGGAUGGUUCAUCUCUGAAAGGGUCGAGUGAACCGAGCUCACCCAGGAUGUAUCACUCUUCGACGGUCCCGCGCAAACCUUCAGGAUCUUCAACCCCAACCGGGAGUCGACCGAUGAAGACGAUGACUCCAGAAAUGCACAGAAGAAGCCAAACCUUAGGCAGACGCAUUGACAUAAGUUUGCGGUCUCACGACAGCAGCAGCCCUCACUCUUCUUCAGAUGAAUUACCCAGAAGUGCUAAAAAGACCGCCAGCUUUAACCGGGAUGUGGAGCAGAGGAUAGGCCAGAGCCCGUCGACAAGACCCAAGCCAUCCGUUCGCCCAAAACCUCUCCUCUCCAAGUCCGAACCGCAAAGUCCUGACCGGAUGGAAAUCGGGUCGCUCAGACGUCAGCUGAGACCUACGAGUCAAUAUCGUCCUGCUCUCAAAACAUCAAGAGGAGAAGAUUCAGAAACGGCAUCUGUGGUCUCUUCUGAGGACUCUGUGUGUUCACGAAGUACCUCAGAUGUAUCCUCUGCGUAUUCAAGAGGAAGUAGAGCAGAUUCAGACAUGGAAGGGCCUAUUAUGUACCGCUCCGUGGAUGCGUACAAGAAAGUUCAAGAUUCAGAGAUUAGUUUCCCAGCCGGAGCAGAGGUGGAGGUGUUGGAAAAGCAAGAAAGCGGUUGGUGGUACAUUCGCUGGGCAUCUGAAGAGGGUUGGGCUCCUUCUUACUAUCUUGAACCAGUUCGUCAAAAAGGUAGUGCAGAGUCAGAAAGGCAUAGCAAGUCAAACAGCCUGGAAAAGAAUGAGAAACAUGUCAUGGUGCUCAACAAUAUCAACAUCCAAGGGCAGAAACAUCAAAAUGUAAGCAGGAACACUCCUCCAAUUCCUUCCAAACCCCCUGGCGGAUUUUCCAAGCCGACCCAAAUGGUAAACGGAGGGGUGCGGAUGCGAAAUGGGGUGCGGCAAGUUGCUGUAAGACCUCAGUCUGUUUUCGUGACUACAUCGCAGCCAUCGAAAGACACACACUACAUGACUGGGUCCCUGAGGAGGAACGAAUCGCUGGGAAGGAGUGACCACUACAGCUCGGGAUCGGCUACUUUGGGAGUCCGUCGGAAUGCGUCUUUCAGCACGGUGCGCCCCCAUGUGGUUGUGGAAAGCCAAACCAGGCCAUCAGAACGAUCAAGUUUGGGUUCAUCGAGCAGCGGAUUCACAAGCAACCAACGCAACGGCAUCCCUGUCUCAACGGUCCGCCCCAAGCCUAUCGAAAAAAGCCAGAUCAUUCACAGUAACCUCGGCAGGGACGUGUACGUGUCCAUUGCCGAUUACAGAGGAGACGAGGAGACCAUGGGCUUUACUGAGGGCACGUGUUUGGAGGUUUUGGAGAGAAAUCCCAAUGGGUGGUGGUACUGCCAAGUCCAGGACAGCCUGGUCCCGCGAAAAGGUUGGGUUCCUUCCAACUAUCUAGAGAGAAAAAAAUAA